GAGCAAGAAUCACGGCACAUGUAGUGGGAGCCUGCAGUCCAGGACUCGGUCUGCAGCACAGUCUCACCACAUCUCCUCUCCUCGCUCGUCUUUCCACUCUUCUCCUCUCUGUCUUCUCCUCCUUCUCUUCUGUCUUCUUAGUAUAUUUGCUCAGCUUUUUAGUCAUCAGCACUGAUCGUUUUUGCUGCCUCCUCUCCAUUUUACCACUUCCGAACCUCCCUCGUAUUUUUCUCUUCUGGCGGAUGGAGUGAGAGGCUGUUUCAGUACUUUCACUCCGCGGUCCUCCUCCUCGCCUCCCAUCCCAUGGGCAUCCGUGCAUCUUGCAGACCAGAGCCUCAUGGUCGCGGAGGGGCCUCUCAGCAUGGUCAAGCGGACUCUCCCCUUCCAGAGCAGGAUGAGGAGAUCCUGGGCUCGGAUGACGAUGAACAGGAGGAUCCUAACGAUUACUGCAGGGGUGGAUAUCAUCAUGUGAAGAUUGGUGACCUGUUCAGUGGGAGGUACCAUGUGAUCCGUAAGCUGGGUUGGGGUCACUUCUCCACCGUGUGGCUGGCCUGGGACAUCCAGGAGAAGCGCUUUGUGGCCAUGAAGGUUGUAAAAAGUGCUGAACAUUACACAGAGACGGCUCUGGAUGAAAUCAAGCUACUCAAAUCUGUGAGAAACACAGAUCCCAGAGACCCCAGCAGAGAGAAGGUGGUGCAGCUGCUCGACGACUUCAAAAUUUCUGGCAUGAAUGGAACUCAUGUAUGUAUGGUCUUUGAGGUUCUGGGCUACCACCUUCUGAAGUGGAUUAUAAAAUCAAAUUAUCAAGGCCUGCCUCAACCUUGUGUGAAAAGCAUCAUACGACAGGUUCUGCAGGGCCUCGACUACCUCCACACCAAGUGUAAGAUCAUCCAUACAGACGUCAAACCUGAAAACAUUCUGCUGACCGUCAAUGAGCCCUACAUUAAGAAGAUGGCUGCUGAGGCCACACAAUGGCAGAAGUCUGGUGGUCCACCUCCAUCUGGAUCUGCAGUGAGCACAGCUCCAGCACCCAAAACCAUUGCCAAAAUGUCAAAGAACAAGAAAAAGAAGAUGAAGAAAAAGCAAAAGAAGCAGGCAGAGCUGCUGGAGAAGAGGAUUCAGGAGAUGGAGGGAGGAGCGAUGCCUGAUGGUGCAGAGGAAGAUGAUGAUGAGGAGACAGAGACUAAUGAAGAUACGUCUUCGGCUGUCCUUCCUACCUCUUCAACGCUGCAAGAUGUGGCUAACAAUAGGAGCUCAGACUCCAUUCCCGACGAGCAGCCCCUUCUGACACCUCAAAAUGGCAAAAAGGCAGAGGGAACAUCUGGGGAUGAGAACCGAAUGGAAAUCAACUGCAACGGCCAUUCCUCCAUACCUGAGAGCAAGGACAGUUCAGAAACGCAUGGGACCAAGCAGUCUGCAGAGGAACAGGAGGACCAACAGAACGCGAACCAACCCGAAAACAAUGCAGAGACUCCAGACACGUUAUGUAACAAAGAGAAGGAUGAAACCAGCCACACCUCAGCCGGAGAACCCGAGCCCAGGCUGCAGCAGCUCCCUGCUUCACUCAGCCCAGAUGUCACUGUGGAGCGAAACGACGGAGAAGGAGAGAGGAAGAAGAUGGAGGACAUGGACACUCAAGUGGAGAACAAAGGGGGGAGUGAAGAAGAGGACAACCAGAGUGGUUCAGCAGGCAGUAUGUUAGUGGACCCCCUGGACCCUCUUAACGCCGACAAACUGCAGGUCAAGAUCGCUGACCUUGGCAAUGCCUGCUGGGUGCACAAACAUUUCACAGACGACAUCCAGACACGGCAAUACCGUUCGCUUGAGGUUCUGAUCGGAGCUGGUUACAGUACUCCAGCAGACAUCUGGAGCACAGCCUGCAUGGCCUUCGAGCUCGCUACCGGAGAUUAUCUGUUUGAACCCCACUCUGGAGAGGACUACUCCAGAGAUGAAGAUCACAUAGCGCUCAUCAUCGAGCUGCUUGGCAAGGUUCCUCGGAAGCUGAUUGUGGCAGGCAAAUACUCCAAGGAGUUUUUCACCAAGAAAGGCGACCUGCGGCACAUCACCAAGCUGAAGCCGUGGGGUCUGUUCGACGUCUUGGUGGACAAGUACGAGUGGUCCAAGGAGGAGGCCCACUCAUUCAGCAGCUUCCUGCUGCCCAUGCUGGACCUGGUGCCUGAAAGGAGAGCCACAGCAGCCCAAUGCCUCUCCCAUCCGUGGCUCACAUCCUAAAGGUUGCACACCGCUACCCUUUUAUAGUGUGAAAGAACCCAGCCAGCAAAUGCACUCAUGUCUGCACCCAGGAUCCUCAUCGUGCCUGUACUGCUGUGUAUGAGGCUACCUUCACACAUCCAAAUGACGGAGAGGAACACUGUCAAGGCUUUGUCCCGUUCUGGAUUUCACUAAUUGGAAAACCUUCAGUAAUGCUCCCUCCUUGUACUUAGAAUGAAUUAGCAUUUAUUUUCUUUUUUUCUGACCGCAGCCUCAUCGUUGGUGCACAUUUUUCUCUUCAAGAACUGAAAUUUGCACUUUUCCUCCGCGACCAGAAGCGUAAGAUGCUAUCUGAAAGUAAGCCAUUAGGCCAUUAAAGCUACAGGGCGUUGUAUAGUUCACUGUUGAGCCAAAUCUUUGCCAAUCAUCAUGCGCCAGGUUCUUCUCCUUCGGCCUAAAACUUUGUGUUCAGAGUGAUUUUCUGCACAGUUCUUAUUAGCUGAAAAAUGAACCAGUUAACCUUAAGAACUGUCAUCGUAAGAUGUAUCGUCUCCAUCAACAAAAAGGACAGAAAAAAAAAAAUUUUGUAAAUUUUUAGACAAACAGCUCCACAGGGUUAGAAACCAGACCUUUUAAUGCAGUGUCCAGGAAUACCCUCUUGACAACCAGAUUCAUUUUCUUUGUCAACAUUCUGCAUUAUUUUACAUUUUCUCUCGGCAUUUGGUAUAAGGGUGUGAACACGGAUUGUUUUUCUCCUGGAUGGACCGCUCUGCAGACGGUUUCAUAAACACUGUCAUACUUGGACAGUCCAACCAAACCACACACGGAUAAGCAUCCAGUGUACAGAAUGUUGUACCAAAGAGUUUGGCUUAAUGCAAGUUCUGAACAAGGUAGCGAGUAGCAAAGGAGGCUUUACCUGAAGGGCUUAAAAAAACAUUUUGUUCUUUGUGAUCAGGCAACAAAUUUAGCUCCAACUGUACAAGACUUUCAUUUUCCCAUGAAUGUGCUGGUUUAAUACAAGAUUGUACUAAUUGCAGAUAUUGUUUUAUUGGUUGGACUUUCUUCACAGUUGUCAUACAUUUUUAAUGCAAGUUUCUUAUGUCCAUGUCUUCCAUCUUUCUUUAUUUCUCCCUGUAUAUUAUAAGAAUAAACACUUUUCCAAAUUA